AUGUCAAAAAAUGGUCCUUUAAAUGAACUCUGAGCAUUUGACUUAGAAAAUUUGCAAUGAAACCAAAUAAACCAAUACGGAGAUGUCCCUCCUUGUAGAUAUAGAUUUGCCUAUAAAAAGUUUAUAGACCAAAGUGGGAGCUUAAAAUUUGCUGUUUUUGGAGGGAGUCUUGGCAAUGGGCUGGAUAAUAAUUUAUUUAUGUAAUGGAGAUUUAGAUUGAAUGUAGCAAAUUUUACGUGGCAAAAACAAAAAAAUAAUGGGGCAGACAUAAAGAAGUAUAGAGGAGCGACAAUGGAGUAUUAUAAUGGAUGCUUAUAUGUAGCUGGAGGAGAUGUAAAUAAUGUUCUUUAUAGUGAAACCAGCUAUCCAAACUUAUUUUGGAAAUAUGAUUUAUCGUUACAAAAAUGAUAUAACCUUACGAAUACUAUUUCUUGAUACCAAAAUCGAUAUUUAUCCGGAAGUGCCAUAUAUAAUGAUUUUUAUUAUUUAUUUUAUGGGUGAUCUGAUCAAAUAGAUGGAGAUGUAAAUACAGUUGAUAGGGUUGAUUUAUCAGAUCCUAGCUAUAAAUGGACAAAAGCUAGCAUAAAUGAACUUAAAAAUUAUUAUUUAAUACCGCGAGAUUCAUUUGGCUUCACCUCUAAUGAUAACAAAUUUUAUAUAUUUGGAGGUUAUAACGAUUAUAUUUCAAUAGGAAACAGUUUAAUUGAGCUUGAUUUAUCUAUCUCCCCAAUCACUUAUCAAACUUUAAGUAUAGAAAGGCUUGACCCUAUCCCAAGAAUGCACCAUUCCCUCGUUUUAAUUAGCACAAACCUCUACCUCUUCGGAGGCGUCAAUAAAAAUACCUAUUUAAAUGACCUAUGAUUAUACGACUCAAUUUCAGACAGCUGAUCCAUUGUGACCGCAAAAGGAGCAGCACCCUCCGCAAGAGCCAGCCACGCAGCUGCCUCACAAGGAAAAGUAUUCCUUAUAUGAGGAGGCGAAACAAUUGAUGGCUAUGUUAACGAUAUGUACAAGUUUGAGCCCUCCUCAAAAGUCUGGACUGAAAUUAUUCCAGAUUCAUCCUCAUUUCCUAGCAAAAGAAAAGGGGCUUGCAUGGUUGUCGAUAUUCCUUAUGUUUAUAUUUUCGGAGGACUUACUGACACAGGAGCAUCUAAUGAAUUGUGAUCGUUUGAUAUAGGAAAAAAUGAAUGGGAAUUAAUUGAUUAUAAUGGAAAAGUCCCUUCUGCAGCUUAUCCUACAUGUGAGGUAAUAACACAAAAUAAUACAAAAUUUAUUUAUGCUAUGUAUGGAUAUACAGAUGGGUCUGCACCUUUAGGGUCUAUAUAUGCAUUUUCUGUUGAGAGUAAAACUUGGAUUAAAAUAUAUGAUCCUGCUCCUGAUAUUCCUUAUUCAAAUCGAGCUGGGGCUGCUAUAAAGUAUUUGAAUAAUAAGGUGCUGGUUAUUGGGGGAGAAGAAUGAUCAACUGAUCCUCGUAAAGAUGUGUACUUUUUUGAUCUUUCUAACUUGUCUUAAAUAUUAAUUAUUAAAGAAGGGUCUAAUAUUCUUCAGAUCCAAUUAAUUAAAUUUUAUGUAUGAAUUAUUUUUUUAUUUUUAGUAGAAAAAAUAACUUAUCAGCAUAAAAAUUAGUUAUAUAAAAGCAGUUGGAAAGUAUGAGCAGAAGGUAGAGUAAGCAGAAAACUUUACAAAUUGGGGCACUUCCAGAGUUUUAUUACAACGGAGCCUCUGUUUAUUUUAAAAAUCAUGUAUAUAUGCAUGCAGGAGGAUCUGUAAUAGGAUCCACAAUGAGAAAUGCGAUAGCCAAAAAUAGUUUUUUUUUCCUUGACAUAAGUUGUUCAUAUGGGAAAAUCUGUGGAUCUGUCUGCAGUAUUGGGACUUAUGCAAGCAAUAAUGAUUGUCUUUUAUGUCCAGAAGGAACUUAUAACGACGCUAUUGGGCAGUCUUCAUGCAUAAAAUGCCCAGAAGGAACUUAUAAUCCAACCAAAGCAGCCAGUGAUGUAAGGCAAUGCUUACCAUGUGCGAAUGGAUGAUUUAGUGAUAUUGAAGGCGCUGUAUAUUGUAAGGAAUGCCCUUCUGGAUCGUAUUGUCUUACAGGAAGUUCUUAUCCAAGCAGCAGUAAAUUAGAACUAAUAUCAGAAUCUCAACAGCCAGACUUAUAUAAAGCUGAUAUUGAUAAACUAAACCUUGGUGUAGAAAUUGGUCUUUCUAUUUUAAUUAUAUCUGUGUGCUUUUCUCUUAUCUUUUUAAUUUUCUUACGAAAACACAGAAACCACAUGACAGCUUGAGAUUUAUAUGAUGAUAUGCACAAUCGAAAAAUCGGCCAAAAUAUCAUUCUGCAUAAAAACGGCUUUGGAGGAAUUUUCAGCUUGAUUUUUAUUUUUAUAUCGCUUUUUAUAAUAUAUGACUCAAUUUUGGAAUAUUCUCUCAAUAAUAUUAUAGAAACAAAAGCUUUGGUUCCUAUAGUAUCUGUUCAAUACGAAAUAUCAGAAUUCACCGCUAAUAUAGAAAUUACAGCAAAAUUCCAUCAAUACGGUGGAAGCUGCUCAGAAAUCGCCAAUAAAUGCAGUUCAUCAAUUUCCAUUAUUACUUCAGAUCUUACUUAUUAUUCCAUCAAAUUUAAAUGUUCUAAAUCUGAAGACAAUUCCUGCAUUAUCACUACAAAUUGCUAUAAUUGUGUUAUUAAUACAGGAGCUUAUAUUUACUACAAUCUCCACGAAAUCCAAAGUUUUGCUUCAGCAAUCAGCUUAAAUGUGACCUCAGAAAGCUCAAUUCCUAACGAAAUGAGCUCUGUGUACCAAAAUCUUCUCCCCAGCAAUGGUACCAUUUUUCGGGGGUACCACGAAAGCAAUUUUUCUUUAAAUAUGAUUCCAUCAGUAUUUCAGUCCUACACCUUAGAAUGGCCUAGAAAAAUAACAGGCUAUCAUAUUUCUAUAAAUUAUGAUAAUGAUUAUGAUUACGCCUUGUUUAAAGACGGCCGAGGAUUCACACCUCUACAAGUUCAUCACCCUAAUACGUAGGGUCCAGACUGACACCGUCUGCCCUGCUUCAGGCCCGUCUACCUGACUUGCUCCCGGGGCGUCCGUUCGCUUUCGGCUGGAGCCUAGGCGUAACUCCCAGUUUCACGCUAAGCACCUGCUGUCUUCAGGGUCCCUAAUUCGAGUAGGGAUCAUAACUAAUCUCGGGGAUGAUAGCCAACUGUGCCCUUUCCAAUUUCCAUGUCAGGAGGAAAAACCCCAUGUCCCAGGUAUCAUACCCUGUGGUACGGAGAAAACCUCUGCCGGUAUACACUAAGGAUGCCGAGCCUGUAUCUCGACUUGGUUCCUCCACCUGGGCGUUCCCUGCAGGUGUUGAGGAAAUUGCGUCAAGAGGUGGGUGGUCGCCUCCGCCAUAUUAAUGUAUAUAUGUUUCUAUAGAUAAUCCUCCAUUGCCAGGCUCUCAAUGUUCAAUUGUUGAGUAAUUUAUAAAUAGUUUACCAUUCACAGCUGGACUUAAGCUCAAGGUGAUUUUAGAUAAAAGUGAGUCUAGUUUGUAUACAACAAGGGAUAUAAGUAAAACUUUUAUGAUACUGGUUAGCAGUUUACUUGGAUCGGUAUUUGGAGUUAUGGAAGUUGUAGGAGGAGUUAUGAAAUUUUUUGAAGAAAUUGAGAGUGAGAUGCUGGAAAAAAUAAAAAAUAGAAAUAAUUGGAAGGAUGUGAAGGAUAAUAGGAAACAUUUAGGGAUUGAAUUAAAUAAGCAGGAAUGUGUUGAGGAAGAAAAUGAAGAAGGGGGAGAGAUGGAGAAGCUGAAGGGAUUGGGGCCAGUUAAUACAAGGCAUAAUUCUUUAGUAGAAACGCCGAGGUUUAUAGAGAAAUUGUAUGAGCUUAAUAAAGAUUUCUAA